GUAUUCAACAACAGCCUAUCCACUGACAGUUCAACUAAAACCUUUUGCCAUCCAAAUAAACAAAUAAGCUGAUCUUAUAUUUAUGUUCACUUUGUUUUUAUUUUUGCUGAUUCAACGAAAAUAACAAGAAAAACGUUGUGCAACGAAUGUGCAUUGAUGGUCGUUUAGCAUAAAAAUAACAAGUAUUUCGUUGGCAACUUUCAUUCUAACUGACUUCAUUUUUGAAUUGAUCGAUGAAUAGGUGUUUUGAUUCGGGGUUGGACGACUUAGUGCAUGUGUGAGUUAUCAGUUGAUCGAUCGGUGGUGGUGUGAAGUUGGCGAAAUACAAUGACAUUUCAAGGAGCACACAAUUUUCAGUUGAUGCGAAAUGAGUUUGAGUUGACAUUUGAGUAUUUGCAGUAAACCAAAAGGCAUACCUGAUUAAAAAAAAACCGAUCCGAUUAUAGAAAAUAUUUAGUUUUUUAAAUACAGCGACUAAAACCGAACAAUUCAUGUCAUCGUAACAAAGCAGUUGUAUUUUUUUGAGCGACCACUUGUUGUAGCGCGUAUGUCAAAGUAACCGAUUGAACGAUAACGAUGGACUUUGGAUCGGAUGCAAGCAAACCCGGCUGUUCUAAAUCGCUGCCCCCUUCAAAGGACCAUCGAAAGGAAUAUUCGAAUGAUUUGAUCGUUAUUGAAGACGAAGACUCAAAUGAUUCGGCCUAUGAAACCGGCAGUUCGUUAUCACGUUCAUCUCAGUCAAGCCCAACGUUGGUUGGCCUCGAUACGAUAAAUCGACGACCCAAAAUUUGUUACUACGCAAACAUCAAAGCCGAUCACAAUUUCAUCGGGCCAUGGCAAUUGGCUUCAUACGUACGAGAGAGUAACACACCGAACGCAAUCGAAAACAUCAGCGAUGUGGUUGAAAUCAGCGAUAGUGAUGAUGACGAUGAACAAAAAACCAAGCCAUUGAUAAAGUUCAAUUCAAUUUUUCGUGCAAAAUCAUCCGAAUGCGUAGUUAUAACUCUUGACAGCGACGAUGAUGAAGAGUACAAAGUCACGGAACCUAUGAAAUACCAUGUCAUCAAGUGUAACGAUGGGCAAAUGAAGACAAUUCCAAAUCAUUGCGUUGCGAAUGGAGCUGCGACCAAUCCGCGUAAUCGAUUGCGCGCAAAGACACGUGUGAUUGCGCGGCGAAAGACAGAAGGUAUGCCGCUCGUUUAUUCACGAUCGGAGGAUAGAUAUGUGGCGAUCUAUGCCAAUGUUGAUAAUGCAUUUUAUGCUGGAAUAAUUAGCGCACACGCAUAUGCGCAAGACGGAAUUUGGUCGUAUUUGGUAUUCUUUGAUGACGGUCAUGUGCAGUACGUUUCAAGCGAUGACAUUCGCGUGGUAUUUGGGAACUAUGGCACGAAAUAUGUUCACUCAAAUGCGCAACGCUUCUACGAUUACUACUUUGACGGUGUAAAGGCAAACUUGAUCGAAAUCGUAUUAAAAGAGGACUCUCGGGUUCGUGUGUUUUUAAAUGGUGAAUUCGAAACAGCCUGCGUUAUUGGAUACGAUAAAAACAAACCCGGGCUGGCUUUGUUACAAUAUGAAAAGUCACGGAAUGCUGAAUGGAUAUACAUAGGAUCUCCACGAUUGGAAAAAGUUUGGAUGUCGAUAAAUAAAAACAAAAAACUCAAGCGAUAUCAUGACGCAAACGCAACGAUGAUCGAAGUGUCAUCAGACAGCGAAGAGGAAGAGGAUUAUCAAUCACCACAGAAGCAGCCAUUGCCAAAGGAUGCAAAGGAUCCGUCGCAAAAACGGGUGAUGCUAAAGCCAGAUACGCUCAUUGAUAAUUAUAAACCGAGCAAACGCCUUGAUCGAAGGCAUAUUUGCGGACGCGACUGUGUUCACGAAGUUGAACGAAACGAGCAAAUAUUCGAAUUUGAUCCGUUGAAGCGGCCAUUGUUGGCUGGUUGGACACGCCGCAAUAUUACCGGUCCAUGUUACUAUGUAGCACCAUGCGGCCGGUCGUUAAACACCAUUGAGGCAACGCAUAAGUACCUACUCACCACAAAAUCAAAAUUAACCGUUGACUGCUUCACAUUUUCCACGAAUAUCGAAUGUAUGACUGAAGUUAAAAGCUAUUCUAUCGGGGGCCGAGUUGAUUACCUGAACGAUCUCAUUUCUGGAGGAUGGCGAGAAAAUCAACGCAUACCGGUUGUAUCAAUCGGUACAAAUGUGCCACACUUCAACGAGUACGUGACACGAUACAGACGCAAUCCACGCAGCAAAAAAGUACCCGCAAUAUUGAACGAAGUCGAUAAUCCAUUCCGCAGUGGCUGUGAUUGUGAAGACGAUUGUUCCGAUACAUCAAAAUGCUCAUGUUGGCAACUAACACGUGGCACAAAUCGUUCGGCUGGUUACAAGUACCGCCGUUUGAAUGAUAAGGUUGAUACAGGCAUUUACGAAUGCAAUCCGAGUUGCAAGUGUUCAAGCCGUUGCUUGAAUCGCGUGGUUACCGCACAAAUUGAACAAAAACUAGAGCUAUAUGAAACCAAAAAUCGUGGUUAUGGAAUUCGAUGCCAAACGGAUUUACCAAAGGGUACAUUUAUCUCAUGCUAUUUUGGUGAUUUGUUGCAUGGAAAAACGGCCGAUGAGCGUGCAAUGAAAAAGGUCGGUUCCAUCCAUGGUGAUGAGUAUUUCAUGCAACUCGAUCACAUCGAAAUGGCCGAACAGUACAAAGAUGGCUAUGAAUCAGACGUAGACGUGGACCCAGACGAUUUGGUUGGAACACCAAUGAAACGACAGAAAUUGGAUGAUUCAUUCAAACAACGAACACCACGUCUUAUUAAUACAAAAACAACCAAUGACUGCCUCGAUUAUUUCCCGAACAUAAUGAAGAAGCGGCAAAUAACCGAAGAGACUCAACGAACGGAACUGUAUGGCGAGAAUGCCGUUGAAUUUGUUGUCGACGGCCGAUUUCGAGGAAAUAUUAGCCGAUUCUUUAAUCACUCUUGUUCACCGAAUCUCUUUUCCCAAACUGUGUUCGUCGAUACACAUGACUUGCGUUUUCCUUGGCUAGCAUUUUUUGCGUCAUUCGAUAUAAAAGCCGGCACUGAACUUACUUGGGACUACAAUUAUGCGAUCGGUUCAAUCGAGGGACGACAAAUCAAAUGCAAGUGCGGAGCACCAGGAUGUCGCAAACGACUGCUGUAGAAAUUGUACCUACCAAUCAAUUUUUACAAACCUUUUUUUCCCCACCCAAAACGAAGACUUAUAGAUAGACAUUAUUUUCUAUAUUUAAAAUAUAAUUUUUUGUUGUUGUUUCGUUUUUAGAAGAGAAAAAACAAAUUGCAAUAUCACGUUGUACAAUACCACUGUUAUUUAUUAGUCGCUCUUUUAAAUCUAUAACUUCCAAAGAGGAACCGACUUUAUGAAUAGAAGAAAUUGAAGAAAUAAACAUGAAUAUUUGAAAUAACUGUGCAAAAA